AGCCUUUCGGACUUCCAACGUAAAACGAUCGUGACCGCGCCGGACGCGACGCCUUCGGCCUACAUUCUAUUCUUUCGCUCUCAUUGCGCUUGUCUCUCCACUCGCACUUAACAGUUUGAAUUUGGCGCGCCAACAGUAGCCAUCAAGCCGCGCGCGCGUUCCAAUGCCAACCGGCAACCAGUAACCGAGCGACGGAUUGAAAGUUUUGCUCGUGUUAUUUAUUUUUUAUUUGUUUUUGUGUGGUGGAUGGACUUGUUUUAAUGAAGAAAAGGGACCUUUUAUUAAAAAUAUAACAUUUAAUAUUAAGUAAUAGUUAAAUUAAACUAUAAGUGUUUUUGUUCUCGAGAUUUAUUAGUGUUGUUUUUUUGUUAUCAAGGCCCAGUUAUCGUGCGGUCUGUGCGAACUUUUAAGCUUUACAUCCUUUGUUUACGAUUGGCGACGCCUACGCCAAUGAUAGUGUAAACGGUAGUAUAGUGUCUAGUAUAGUAAUUCAAAAUAUUUAUAAUGGACGGAGAACGAAAAGUAAAUCUUAGCGAAGGAGUCCCUCUUAAUUCUUCAGGUGGUGCGAAUAUAUUUUUGAAUGCGGGUAAAAAUAAUAAACUAAACGACGGGACUGUUAUACAUCUGACAACAGAAAAGCCUACAGACGUCGGUGUCCAUAUCAAUACUACAUUUUCUAUAGCGUCUUCCAAGAAAAUAAAGCUUUUGUUCAUAUUGAACUUUCUGCUAAGUGUGAUAUGUAUGAUAAUAAGUUGUUCCAUUGCGUUUUAUUACUGGAACGAGAUGACGUCCAUGCGGCGACAACUGGAUGUAUUAAGAGAUCAGUUUUUAAUACAAAACUUAAAAGAUGGGUUAAUCAAUAACGAGAAACCUCUUCAGAGUCCAUUGGUUUCCCAAUUAAGGCCUGCAGCCAAACGACUGGAACAUCGCGAGGGUCGCUCUGGCAUUGAUAAAAAUGAUAUAUCGCCAAAUGCUAGACGAUAUUUUGUGGAGGAUCUUGGUGAAGAUAUGCUCUUUAUGGAUUCAAGUAAAAAAUCCCCUAGUCAAUCUGUAGCACAGAUACAAGAUUUACCUGUAUUCCACAAAGAGCCUCUCAUCGUUCAAUUUAAUGGUGCCAUGCCUGAAAUUAACCUUGGAACACAAUCUUUAAUCGGACCCUGGGUUAGAGACCUGGAGGUGUCAACAAAGGACAGUGAAAGUAAAAUAGAACUCAUUAAUAAUUACUUCGCUGUCAAAGAAAGUGGUUUAUACAUAAUAUAUGCUCAAGUCGUGUAUCUGACACAUGCGCCAAAUUGCUAUUUCAUUUGGGCUCGGCAACCAGCACUGAAGCCUAGGUUGAUCACAACCUGUGCCACCGGCGACGACGCAAGUGCUAGACCGCUGGACAAAUCCCAGAUAUCAUGCUCAGUACAGACAGUGGCUCGUCUCUACAAAGGAGACACCGUCAAUAUGGCCCAAAGGGAACAUAACAGAACACUAUGGCUCAUACCUGGUUAUACCUACUUUGGAUUUGUAAAAAUUAGUUCCUAAUAUGGCUGUGGUAGCAAUAGUUAACUUUAUGGAAUGCCGGUAUAAGCCCCACAUACAGGGGGAUGCAAUAUUAUGAUUAUUUUCCAUUGUUAAUAAUAACAGUACUGUAAGACAAUACCGAUUAUAUUAUGGCAUUAUCGUGGAAAAUUUUCUUUUAAACCCCAUAUGCAUGUGGGGCUAGAACAAAAUAAUCCAGUCUCAGUUAUAUCGGAUAAGUGUCAUACAGGUCUAGUGCCAUAUAAUUUACAUUAAUGAUUACACUAACAUCACAUGAGUAAAGCAAAUUAGGGUAAAUUAGUAAAGGAGAAGUUAUUUCAAUAUGAGAGAAGAAAUAUUAAUUUUUUUUAUCAUAAAUCUAAAAGGAAAGGUAUAACUUAUUUGUCUUUAUAACAAUAGCGAUAUCGUUCAACUAUUAUCUCUGUAUAAGCACUUCCACAGCUGGUAAUGAGUCCACUCUAUAUAGAUUGUUGAUUCACACCUUUUGAUCUCCGAUUAGUCGAAGCAAUCCCACAUUACGAGCCAAAAUUUUUUUUGCGUUAAGUUUGACUUGUAUUUUAUGAUUCCAUUUGAUGUGAAUUUUUUUUUAUCAUCAUUUUUUUUUAAUGUACUUCAUAAUUAAUAAUUAGGAAUUGUAAAUUCUACUUAAAAUUUGCUCAAGAAAGCAUUUUACCUAAUGUUAAGAUUAUUUUAUAUUGAAAUUAAAAUUUAUGGCCAUUGCUGAAGCGAAUGUUACUAUAAGAAUAGUUUGUUAAGACAUUGGUAUAAGAUUAGUUGUUAAGUUAAAAUUUAGUCAAAGCCGAGUUAGUUUACUCUGAAUAUGGUGCUGAUGUCUUUGUUGAGCUUGUGACAGUAUUUAAUACUAGAGUUGUAUGUAUAAAGUAUGUACUGAAUACAAGUUGGUAUUUAAAUGACUAGGAAGUUUAGAAUUCCAUUAUACAUAUGUAUAAAUUGAGUGUCCUUGUUUGGUGUACCAUUUGAGGUAUAUAAAUGUUAUAUCUAAGUAAAUAACUAAACAAAUAGCUGCUACCAGACGGUACAGUGACACAAACAUGUACAGAUAUUGUAAUGUAUUCAGUUACAUUAAAUUUACAGUCUUCCAUCGUUACUAUGGUCGCCUGGUGUAUGGUGAUAUCCGUAUAGCAAUUGAAUUUGAUAUAUAAGUUUAGAACUAAUAACUCGUUUUAUAAUCUGUUACCGAUAUGUGACUAGGAUUAUCAUUAAAGUUAAUUUGUAUGAUAGCAUUCGAUUAUGGUGUCUUUGUAACUAGUGAAUAUUUAAUGUUUGUUUCAAGUACUCCCGUCCGAAAUAAAUGUGCCUUAAACAGAUAA